ACACCCCUAAAUUCUGGCAGGGAUCUCGUGACCUGUUUAGUGCUCUUUCUCUCCUGUUUCCCCAGCGUUUUUCCAGGACGCACGACAAGAUAUGGCCUCCAUAUUCGCCGAAGCGACGCGUAAAGCGGCCAGCGCUCGGUUCAAGCAGCCGCAGCUGGACGCAGAGGGUCAAAGGAUCGAGGUGGACAUCAGGGAGGACGAAGAGCAGAGUGUCAAGCUGCGAGAGAGUAUCGAUCUUCUGCUGGCUGCCGGUUACUUCAGAGCCAGAAUCAAGGGCCUGUCUCCGUUCGACAAGAUAGUGGGAGGCAUGACGUGGUGCAUUCAGGCCAGCGCCUUCGACGUGGACGUUGACCUUCUCUUUCAGGAGAACUCCACCAUUGGACAGAAGAUAGCCCUGACGGAGAAGAUAGUGGCGGUGCUGCCGCGAAUGAAGUGUCCCCACAGACUGGAGCCCCACCAGAUCCAGGGUCUGGACUUCAUCCACAUCUACCCCGUCAUCCAGUGGCUGGUGAAGCUCGCCAUUGCCACGAAGGAGGAGAUGGGAGACUACAUUCGGGCCUUCUCUGAGGCCCAGUUCUCAAGAGACCACCUAACCCCUGAGGACAGGGAUUUCGAGGCAAGGAAAGAGAAGGCAAUACUGUCGGUUGACAGUGUGAAGGAGACCUAUAAACCCCAGAGAAGGUACAAGAAGCCGGACAUGUCUUUUGUCAGAGUUGAUGAGGAGACACAAGUCCACACUACUCUACUGGAAUAUGGCAGGAGAUACGGACUGGGUCGUACCAUCAAGACUGACAAGGAGGAAGACAAGGACUCUCGGAAGAAGGCCGUAGCAGCCAGUCUAGGGGGUGUGGCCACUGCCGAUGGGACAGACGAGAGAGCAGAUGAAGAGAAGAGGAUUAGGGCCCUGAUGAAGGGAAUGGCUGAGACUGAGAAGGACGAGUCGUUUGUGUCCAAGGCGGCGGUGGGCUCAUUGUUGGGCUCCAGUCAGCACAGAUACAGCAGAUGGCGUCAGAGUACGAGGAAAAGAGAGCGGACCUGGAGGCGGGGAAGAAGCCAGACAAGGUGAUGGGAGCUCAGGCACACAAGAGGACAGUGGCUGCCCUCCAGAAACAGAUAGCGGUGCAGGAGAAGAAGAUGGAGGAGGCUCAAGUGGUACACGAUGAGCUGCAGGGACAGUACACAGCAGCCCAGACCAAACUGGAGGAGGUGGAGGUGUACAGUAGGAAGAUUGCUGAGGAGAUGGAGAAACUGAACGAACUGGAGACCGACGAAAACAGAGAGGUUCUGGAGCAGCUGCGUUCCCUGGUGGCCAUGAACGAGAGUCUCAAACGGCAGGAGGCUCAGUUCAAGGCCCACUGCCGGGAGGAGAAGACGCGACUGGAGGGGGAGAUCGAGCGGCUGCAGAUCUCGGUCGGCCAUGGCUCCACUGAGGACCAGGAGAGGACCGCCAACAUCAUGAGGCACUACGAGGCCGACAAAGAGAGAAUGCAGAAAAUUAGGGCUCUUUUGGCUCGUAAGAACAGAGAGAUAGCUCAGCUCCAGAGGAAGAUUGACGAAGUUCCUUCACGAAUAGAGAUGGCCCAGUACCAGCGGAGAUUCAUUGAGCUCUACAACCAAGUUGCUUCGACUCUGACUGAGACCAAACAGUUCUACACACUCUACAACACUCUGGAGGACCAGAAGGAGUUCAUGGAGAAAGAGGUAACCCCUGUCUAUUCCCACACCAAUUACUUCUCUCUCUUCUCUCUGUCAGGUGGAGAUUCUUAACAAUAUUCACGAGAAGUUUGAACUGUAAGUUAACCGCCAACUGAUUCCUCCUUUGUUUAUAGUUUUCUUGCCCCACUUCUCUACUUAUUUUUUGACUGCCCCUCUGUUGCCACACACAGUGGUAUGAGUACUGAGAAGAACAAGGAGCUGUUUCUACGUCAAGUCCAGGAGAUUCUGAAUGGAGUCAAGCAAGAUAGAGAGAGGUUGGAGAAGAGGAGAGGGGAGGAGAAGAUGGAGAAGGACAGGCUGAACGGAAUUUACCUGGAGCUGGUUGAGAAGCAGAGAGCCUACUACAAGACAGUCCGCGACUUCCAAGAGGAGUGUCGUAGGAACGAAAUUCUAGUGUCCAAGCUGAAAGCCAAGGCCUCUCGAUAGGGAAUAGACUUUCUACCAGUUGUGUUUCCCAAUUCCAUCAUUAUUUUGUGAAAAAGUUCAAAGUUCAAAGUUCAUUUAGCACUGCCCGUUAGGGAUGGCACAAACAACGAACAAAAAUAAUCACACAUAACUUUCAGUCUGGAUAAUCUCUCAAGGUGAAAGAUAGAGCCCCCGCUCUGACU